GGAACCUACAAACGUUUGAGUUCUAUCCCUAAUAACACUGCUCGCCAUGCUCCGCUCUCUGCAUUCCCUCCGACGACUCAACGCCCACCGGACCAUUUUCUCCUAUCACUUGCAACCUUUCCUCCGAGAGUCGUCUCCUCUAUUCCUCCCAAUUCCUCUUUAUUCCUUUAUCUGCUCUGCUGCUACCGCAGUCGCUGCUCCAGAAAAAGCAAGCGCCAGCUGCAGCGCUCUCAGCCGACAUGUUUUGGAGGCGGACGACGUUCUUGUAAGAUAUCAAUAUGCGGACGCAUAUGCAGCCAUAGAACUUGCUCUUGAUUCCGUGGUGAAGGUCUUCACAGUUUCGUGCAGCCCCAAUUACUUCCUGCCAUGGCAGAACAAGUCUCAGAGGGAGAGUACGGGCUCUGGGUUUGUGAUUCCUGGACAAAAAAUUUUAACCAAUGCUCAUGUAGUAGCCGACCACACUUUUGUUCUUGUAAGAAAGCAUGGUUCACCUACAAAGUACAAGGCAGAAGUCCAAGCUGUAGGCCAUGAAUGUGAUUUGGCACUUCUCACUGUUGAUAGUGAAGAAUUUUGGGAGGGGAUGAGUUUCCUGGAUCUAGGUGAUAUUCCAUUUUUGCAGGAAGCAGUUGCUGUUGUUGGAUACCCUCAAGGUGGAGAUAACAUCUCUGUCACCAAAGGUGUUGUUUCAAGAGUUGAGCCAACACAGUAUGUUCAUGGUGCAGCACAGCUCAUGGCUAUCCAAAUUGAUGCAGCUAUCAAUCCUGGAAAUAGUGGGGGCCCUGCAAUAAUGGGUAAUAAGGUUGCUGGAGUGGCUUUUCAAAACCUUUCAGGUGCAGAAAAUAUUGGGUAUAUUAUACCUGUCCCCAUUAUCAGGCAUUUCUUAUCUGGAGUGGAAGAGAAUGGCAGAUAUGUUGGAUUUUGCUCUCUUGGUUUAUCAUGCCAGCCUACUGAAAAUGUUCAGCUAAGAGAGCACUUCCACAUGCAUCCUGAAAUGACCGGUGUGCUUGUUAGCAAAAUCAAUCCACUUUCCGACGCUUUCAAUGUAUUGGAAAAAGAUGAUAUUAUUAUCGCAUUUGAUGGCGUGCCGAUAGCAAAUGACGGAACUGUGGCAUUUCGAAAUAGGGAGAGGAUAACCUUCGAUCAUCUCGUCUCCAUGAAGAAACCUGAUGAGAAAGCUUUUCUUAGAGUGCUUAGAGAUGGCGUAGUGCAUGAACUCAGCAUUUCACUCAGACCUCUGCAGCCUUUGGUUCCUGUUCAACAGUUUGAUAAACUGCCAAGUUACUAUAUUUUUGCUGGUCUGGUUUUUAUACCAUUGACGCAGCCUUACCUUCAUGAGUACGGAGAUGACUGGUACAAUGCUUCGCCGCGCCGUCUCUGUGAACGUUCAUUACGAGAAUUGCCGAAAAUGUCUGGCGAACAAUUAGUUAUUCUUUCUCAGGUAUUAAUGGAUGAUAUUAAUACUGGAUAUGAGAGACUCUCAGAACUACAGGUAAAGAAGGUCAACGGAACAGAGGUUGAUAAUCUGAAGCAUUUGUGCAGCCUUGUGGAAGGUUGCCAUGAAGAAAAUUUAAGAUUUGAUUUAGAUGAUGAAAGAGUGAUUGUUCUGAAUUACAGAAAUGCCAAAUUGGCAACUUCCAGAAUUCUUAAAAGACAUAGAAUACCCUCAGCAAUGUCUGGUGAUCUGAUUGAUGAGAUUAUCUGUUCUAAAGCUGAAGUUGUUUGUUCUAGUUGAUCUGAUUGGAUGGUUCAGCUGGGAAAUUAAUUCAAUUUUUUUGGUGUUUCUGUUUCAAAUUGUUGGGGUAAAACUGCUGAUCUUGAUUUCCAGGUAUGUUGAAUUGGCUCCUGAAUUUACUGUUUUGUAGAUGAACAUUGAAAUUUUGUUUUAAGAAGCAUUUAAAUACAUAG